AGUCUCGCGAGAACUGCGCGAGUGCCUGCCGGAUCGCGCGGGCCGGGUGUUCGCGUCGGGGCCGGGCUGGGCGUCGCCUGCUCCGCGUUCGCUGCUCCAGGUCUCCGGUGUGGACGCCGGAAGCGAGCCCUGUUGGUCGUCGGCCGGGGACCGCGCGGUGCGGACGAUGUCCGGGAGCUUCUACUUCGUGAUCGUCGGCCACCACGACAACCCGGUGUUCGAGAUGGAGUUCCUGCCGGCCGGGCGGGCGGAGUCCAAGGACGACCACCGUCACCUGAACCAGUUCAUCGCGCACGCGGCCCUGGACCUGGUGGACGAGAACAUGUGGCUGUCGAACAGCAUGUACCUGAAGACCGUGGACAAGUUCAACGAGUGGUUCGUGUCGGCGUUCGUCACCGCCGGCCAUAUGAGGUUCCUGAUGCUGCACGACGUGAGGCAGGAAGACGGCAUCAAGAACUUCUUCACCGACGUCUACGACCUGUACAUAAAGUUCGCGAUGAACCCGUUCUACGAGCCGAAUUCUCCGAUCCGCUCGAGCGCGUUCGACAGGAAAGUGCAGUUUCUCGGGAAGAAACACCUUCUGGGCUGAAGGCGGAGGAAUUCUGGGACAGCGCGGCCGCGGGGGGAGGGGGGCGGGGCGUCCUCGGGGCCGUGUGCGCUGUAGGU